GUGUGUGUGUGUGUGUGUGUGUGUUUUGUACGGAUCUGCCUUAUCGUGCAUCUAUGCUGCCUUUCUCAGAGCUUACCAUGUUGGACCAUAGAUACAAACAGACACAGAGGCCAAACAGUAUCUCCAGUGUGUCGAUGAACAGACCUAUAGAUGACAGUGUGGUGAUGAACAGACCUAUAGAUGACAGGGUGGUGAUGAACAGACCUAUAGAUGACAGUGUGGUGAUGAACAGACCUAUAGAUGACAGUGUGGUGAUGAACAGACCUAUAGAUGACAGUGUGGUGAUGAACAGACCUAUAGAUGACAGUGUGGUGAUGAACAGACCUAUAGAUGACAGUGUGGUGAUGAACAGACCUAUAGAUGACAGUGUGGUGAUGAACAGACCUAUAGAUGACAGUGUGGUGAUGAACAGACCUAUAGAUGACAGUGUGGUGAUGAACAGACCUAUAGAUGACAGUGUGGUGAUGAACAGACCUAUAGAUGACAGUGUGGUGAUGAACAGACCUAUAGAUGACAGUGUGGUGAUGAACAGACCUAUAGAUGACAGUGUGGUGAUGAACAGACCUAUAGAUGACAGUGUGGUGAUGAACAGACCUAUAGAUGACAGUGUGGUGAUGAACAGACCUAUAGAUGACAGGGUGGUGAUGAACAGACCUAUAGAUGACAGUGUGGUGAUGAACAGACCUAUAGAUGACAGUGUGGUGAUGAACAGACCUAUAGAUGACAGUGUGGUGAUGAACAGACCUAUAGAUGACAGUGUGGUGAUGAACAGACCUAUAGAUGACAGUGUGGUGAUGAACAGACCUAUAGAUGACAGUGUGGUGAUGAACAGACCUAUAGAUGACAGUGUGGUGAUGAACAGACCUAUAGAUGACAGUGUGGUGAUGAACAGACCUAUAGAUGACAGUGUGGUGAUGAACAGACCUAUAGAUGACAGUGUGGUGAUGAACAGACCUAUAGAUGACAGUGUGGUGAUGAACAGACCUAUAGAUGACAGUGUGGUGAUGAACAGACCUAUAGAUGACAGUGUGGUGAUGAACAGACCUAUAGAUGACAGGGUGGUGAUGAACAGACCUAUAGAUGACAGUGUGGUGAUGAACAGACCUAUAGAUGACAGGGUGGUGAUGAACAGACCUAUAGAUGACAGGGUGGUGAUGAACAGACCUAUAGAUGACAGGGUGGUGAUGAACAGACCUAUAGAUGACAGGGUGGUGAUGAACAGACCUAUAGAUGACAGUGUGGUGAUGAACAGACCUAUAGAUGACAGGGUGGUGAUGAACAGACCUAUAGAUGACAGGGUGUUGGUUAUCAGUUAGUUCACUGUCUCAGGAGUUUAAAACACACUACCACUCAACUCCAAUCAAUCAGUCACCUAAAUGUUAAACUAAUGUGUGAAUCUGCUGCUUGGUGAAGCCACAGCAACAACUCACCCUCACCACAUGUCAGGGUUUACAUACUGUAUAUGUGGAAGAAUUAAGGCCAUACCUGUGAAUAUAUUCCUUUAAAGGGCGUACAGGUGAAUAUAUUUGUUAGGUGAAUGAACUGAGGAUGUUGGUUAGGUGACUGGGGCGUACAGGUGAAUAUAUUUGUUAGGUGAAUGAACUGGGGAUGUUGGUUAGGUGACUGGGGCGUACAGGUGAAUAUAUUUGUUAGGUGAAUGAACUGGGGAUGUUGGUUAGGUGACUGGGGCGUACAGGUGAAUAUAUUUGUUAGGUGAAUGAACUGGGGAUGUUGGUUAGGUGACUGGGGCGUACAGGUGAAUAUAUUUGUUAGGUGACUGGGGUAGAGGUGAAUAUAUGAAUGGACUGCACAUAGCUUAAUAUAUUUGGUAGAUGAUUCUCCCUCAGGAUGUCUGUGUGUAUGACUUCACUGACUUUGACUUCAUGUUAUUGUACAGAUUUGAACUGUUCUAAUGGCAUUCAGGUUGGCUAGCGAUCUGAAGCCUCGCUCUAGUGCUGUAUGUCUGUGACCUCUGACCCCUGAUGAACACAGAUUAACGUCCUCUUUUCCCCUGCUGUUGUUGUUUCCGCCCUCCCAUUCCAGAUCUGCCUUCUUCAUAUGUUUUUUGUUGACGAUGAUGCAGAAAGUCUGAUGUAAAUACAGUCUGAUCUUAAAUUAUUACUUUAGACAGUUAUUUCUCAUAACUUUGUUUUACGUUAGCGUGUUUGUGUCAGCGAGUCAGGGCUCCAUCAUGUGCCAAUCCCCAUCUCCACGGAAACGCAGGAUUCUUGCCUGUGAUGUAAUCGCAUAGGCUAUAUAUAAAUGCUGUAAAUAACAGUUUAUGAAGUGUUACUUGAUCCUAUGUAAUUAUUACAAUGAGGACUAUUUUAAUUAUUUCAUGUUAUACAGUUGAAGUCGACAGUUUACAUACACUUAGGUUGGAGUCAUUAAAACUAGUUUUUCAACCACUCCACAAAUUUCUUGUUAACAAACUAUAGCUUUGGCAAGUGGGUUAGGACAUCUACUUUGUGCAUGACCAAGUAAUUUUUCCAACAAUUGUUUACAGAC